GGCGAGGGGAGGGCCUGCCAGGUGAGGCGCGGCCACCCUAGGCCUCUCACUUCCGCCCAGGUGAGGCAGGGCCGACACCGAGCCCGCCCGACCCGGGCUCCCACCUGCUCCUCCAGCGCACCAGGUAUCUUUAAGAGUGAUUGAAGGGAAUAAUUCAAAAUGCCUGAAAAUCCUGCUACAGAUAAACUGCAGGUCCUGCAGGUACUUGAUCGCCUGAAAAUGAAAUUGCAGGAGAAGGGUGACACAUCACAGAAUGAGAAGUUAUCUGUGUUUUAUGAGACACUAAAGAGUCCUCUCUUCAACCAGAUACUCACACUUCAGCAGUCCAUCAAGCAACUGAAAGGACAACUCAACCAUAUACCCUCAGAUUGUUCAGCCCACUUUGAUUUUUCUAGGAAAGGUUUGUUAGUGUUCACAGAUGGUUCCAUUGCUAAUGGAAAUGUCCACAGGCCCUCUAAUAACUCCACUGUAUCUGGGUUAUUUCCUUGGACCCCGAAGUUGGGAAAUGAAGACUUUAACUCAGUCAUUCAACAGAUGGCUCAGGGCCGGCAAAUUGAAUAUAUAGAUAUAGAACGGCCUUCAUCUGGAGGCCUUGGAUUCAGUGUGGUGGCCCUCAGAAGUCAAAAUAUAGGAAAUGUUGAUAUCUUCGUGAAGGAUGUCCAGCCAGGGAGUGUAGCAGACAGGGAUCAAAGAUUAAAGGAAAAUGAUCAAAUAUUGGCCGUUAAUCACACACCAUUGGAUCAGAAUGUUUCCCAUCAGCAAGCAAUUGCAUUAUUACAACAAACCACUGGAUCUUUGCAACUGAUUGUGGCCAGGGAACCAAUCCACACAAAAAGCAGUACUUCUAGCAGCCUAACUGAUACAACUCUGCCUGAAACAGUUUGCUGGGGCCAUGUUGAAGAGGUUGAGCUCAUUAAUGAUGGCUCCGGACUAGGUUUUGGUAUAGUUGGAGGAAAAACAAGUGGCGUGGUUGUGAGGACUAUAGUUCCUGGAGGAUUAGCAGAUCGAGAUGGAAGACUCCAGACAGGGGACCACAUCUUGAAGAUUGGUGGCACAAAUGUGCAGGGAAUGACCAGCGAGCAAGUUGCACAAGUUCUAAGGAACUGUGGGAAUUCAGUCAGGAUGCUCGUUGCUAGAGAUCCAGCUGGUGACAUUUCAGUCACCCCUCCUGCCCCUGCAGCCUUACCUGUUGCCCUGCCUACUGUAGCCAGCAAAGGCCCUGGUUCUGACAGUUCUCUUUUUGAAACUUAUAAUGUUGAGCUCGUGAAAGAAGAUGGGCAGAGUCUUGGAAUUAGAAUUGUUGGCUAUGUUGGAACAUCUCAUACAGGGGAAGCUUCAGGGAUUUAUGUGAAAAGUAUAAUACCUGGCAGUGCUGCGUACCACAAUGGCCACAUUCAAGUGAAUGACAAAAUAGUUGCUGUCAAUGGCGUGAACAUUCAGGGUUUUGCCAACCAAGAUGUUGUUGAAGUAUUACGAAAUGCAGGGCAGGUGGUACACCUAACCCUAGUUCGAAGGAAGACAUCCUCAUCUACUUCUCCACUUGAACCACUUUCAGCCAGAGGAACUGUUGUUGAACCACCCAAACCACCAGCUCUCUUUCUAACUGGAGCAGUGGAAACUGAAACUAAUGUGGACGGUGAACAGGAGGAAAUUAAAGAUAGAAUGGAUAAUUUAAAAAAUGACAACAUACAAGCCUUAGAAAAAUUGGAAAAAGCCCCAGACUCUCCAGAAAAUGAGCUGAAAUCCAGAUGGGAAAACCUAUUGGGUCCUGAUUAUGAAGUAAUGGUUGCUACUUUGGACACACAGAUUGCAGAUGAUGCUGAGUUACAGAAAUAUUCAAAGCUGCUGCCUAUUCACACUCUGAGGCUUGGUGUGGAAGUGGAUUCCUUUGAUGGGCACCAUUAUAUUUCUUCAAUUGUUUCUGGUGGUCCUGUUGACACAUUGGGUCUCCUACAGCCAGAAGAUGAGCUGCUUGAGGUCAAUGGCACGCAGCUCUAUGGAAAAUCUCGCCGAGAAGCAGUCUCCUUUCUUAAAGAAGUGCCACCCCCUUUUACUUUGGUUUGCUGUCGGAGGUUGUUUGAUGAUGAGGCUUCUGUAGAUGAACCAAGGUGCACUGAAACCUCUCUUCCUGAGAUGGAGAUUGACCGCGAUAUGGAUGUCAAUGCUGAAGAAGAUGAUGAUGGGGAAUUAGCACUGUGGUCCCCUGAAGUCAAGAUUGUUGAACUAGUAAAAGAUUGUAAAGGUUUGGGAUUCAGCAUUUUGGAUUACCAGGACCCUUUAGAUUCUACAAGAUCAGUGAUUGUGAUCCGCUCCCUGGUAGCAGAUGGUGUAGCAGAAAGAAGUGGGGGACUAUUACCUGGAGACCGCCUGGUCUCAGUCAAUGAAUACUGUUUGGACAACACCUCACUUGCUGAAGCUGUGGAAAUACUGAAAGCUGUGCCGCCAGGCAUAGUACGCCUUGGCAUCUGUAAGCCGUUGGUGGAAGAUAAUAAAGAAGAAGAAAGUUGUUAUAUUUUACAUUCAAGCAGUAAUGAAGACAAGACUGAACUUUCAGGAACAAUUCAUGAUAUAAAUUCAUCUUUAAUACUCGAAGCUCCCAAGGGAUUUAGAGAUGAACCAUAUUUUAAAGAAGAACUUGUGGAUGAACCAUUUCUAGAUCUGGGGAAGUCUUUCCAUUCCCAACAAAAAGAGAUAGAGCAAAGCAAGGAGACCUGGGAGAUGCAUGAAUUUCUGACUCCUAGAUUGCAGGAAAUGGAUGAAGAAAGAGAAAUGCUUGUUGAUGAAGAAUAUGAGUUAUAUCAAGAUCCCUCUCAGUCCAUGGAGUUGUAUCCCUUGUCACACAUUCAAGAGGCCACUCCUGUGCCCUCCCUGAAGGAACUUCACUUUGGUACACAGUGGUUGCAUGAUAAUGAACCAUCCGAAUCUCAAGAGGCAAGAUCCGGGAGGAAUAUCUAUUCCCAGGAGACACAGCCGUAUGGCUAUUGCCCUGAAAAUGUGAUGAAAGAAAAUUUUGUCAUGGAGUCCCUACCAUCUGUACCAUCAACUGAAGGAAACAGUCAACAAUGCAGAUUUGAUGACCUGGAAAAUCUUAAUUCAUUAGCAAAAAGUAGUCUGGAUUUAGGCAUGAUCCCGGAUGAUGCCCAAGGUCCUAGCUUGCUCAUUGACCUUCCUGUUGUGGCUCAAAGUAGGGAGCAAGAAGAUUUGCCUUUAUAUCAACACCAAGUGACACGAGUUAUUUCCAAGGCCUCAGCAUACACAGGAAUGUUGUCUUCUAGAUAUGCCACUGAUACAUGUGAGUUACCUGAGAGAGAAGAGGGCGAAGGAGAAGAAACUCCAAAUUUUAGCCACUGGGGUCCACCGAGAAUUGUUGAGAUUUUUAGAGAACCCAAUGUGUCUCUUGGGAUCAGUAUUGUUGGUGGACAAACUGUUAUAAAACGUCUAAAGAAUGGAGAGGAACUUAAAGGUAUAUUCAUCAAACAAGUUUUAGAAGACAGUCCAGCAGGGAAAACAAACGCACUUAAAACUGGAGAUAAAAUACUUGAGGUGUCUGGAGUAGAUUUGCAGAAUGCCUCACACAGCGAAGCAGUUGAGGCCAUUAAGAAUGCAGGAAACCCUGUGGUGUUCGUUGUUCAGAGCUUGUCAUCCACUCCACGAGUCAUUCCUAAUGUACAUAACAAGGCCGACAAAAUCACCGGUAACCAGAACCAGGACACCCAAGAAAAGAAAGAAAAGAGGCAAGGAACUGCCCCACCGCCGAUGAAACUCCCUCCUCCUUAUAAAGCUCGGUCUGAUGACAGUGAUGAAAAUGAAGAAGAUGCCUUUACCCACCAAAAAAUCAGACAAAGAUAUGCAGAUCUGCCUGGAGAACUGCACAUUAUUGAACUUGAAAAAGAUAAGAAUGGACUUGGACUCAGCCUUGCUGGUAAUAAAGACCGAUCACGCAUGAGCAUAUUUGUGGUGGGAAUUAACCCGGAAGGACCUGCUGCCACAGAUGGACGAAUGCGUAUUGGAGAUGAACUCUUAGAGAUAAACAAUCAGAUUCUGUAUGGAAGAAGUCACCAAAAUGCAUCUGCCAUUAUUAAGACCGCCCCAUCAAAAGUCAAGCUGGUUUUCAUCAGAAACGAGGAUGCAGUCAAUCAGAUGGCCGUUCCUCCCUUUCUAGUGCCAUCAAGUUCUCCAUCUUCGAUUGAGGAUCAGAGCGGCACUGAACCUGUUAGUAGUGAGGAAGAUGGCAGCCUCGAAGUUGGUAUUAAACAAUUGCCUGAAAGUGAAAGCUUCAAACUGGCUGUCAGCCAGAUGAAACAGCAAAAAUAUCCAACAAAAGUCUCCUUCAGUUCACAAGAGAUACCGUUAGCACCAGAUUCAUCGUACCAUUCAACAGACGCAGACUUCAUAGGCUAUGGUGGUUUCCAGGCUCCUCUGUCAGUGGAUCCCGCAACGUGCCCCAUUGUCCCCGGACAGGAAAUGAUUAUAGAAAUAUCCAAGGGACGUUCAGGGCUUGGUCUCAGCAUUGUGGGAGGAAAAGACACACCGUUGAAUGCUAUAGUUAUCCAUGAAGUCUAUGAAGAAGGGGCAGCAGCCAGAGAUGGAAGACUUUGGGCUGGUGACCAGAUAUUAGAGGUUAAUGGGGUUGACCUGAGGAACUCCAGCCACGAAGAAGCCAUCACAGCCCUGAGGCAGACCCCCCAGAAGGUGCGGCUGGUGGUGUAUAGAGAUGAGGCACACUACCGGGAUGAGGAGAACUUGGAGAUGUUCCCUGUGGAUCUGCAGAAGAAAGCUGGCCGGGGCCUGGGCCUGAGCAUUGUUGGGAAACGAAAUGGAAGCGGAGUGUUUAUUUCUGACAUCGUGAAAGGCGGAGCCGCAGACCUGGAUGGGAGAUUGAUUCAGGGAGAUCAGAUCUUAUCUGUGAAUGGGGAGGACAUGAGAAAUGCCUCACAGGAGACAGUGGCCACCAUCCUAAAGUGUGCACAGGGGCUUGUGCAGCUAGAGAUUGGAAGACUCCGAGCUGGUUCCUGGACCUCCGCAAGGCAGACACCACAGAACAGUCAGGGCAGUCAACAGAGCGCACACAGCAGCUGUCAUCCCUCCUUCGCUCCUGUCAUCACUGGCCUGCAAAACCUGGUUGGCACAAAAAGAGUUUCAGAUCCUUCCCAGAAAAAUUCAGGCAUAGAUAUGGAACCAAGGACUGUUGAGAUAAACAGGGAGCUCAGUGAUGCCCUUGGAAUCAGUAUUGCUGGAGGAAGAGGAAGUCCCUUAGGAGAUAUCCCUAUAUUUAUUGCCAUGAUUCAGGCCAGUGGAGUGGCUGCACGGACACAGAAGCUUAAAGUUGGGGAUCGGAUUGUCAGCAUUAACGGGCAACCUUUGGAUGGGCUGUCUCACGCGGAUGUGGUUAAUCUGCUGAAGAACGCCUUCGGGCACAUUAUCCUGCAGGUUGUAGCAGAUACCAACAUAAGUGCCAUAGCAGCUCAGCUUGAAAACAUGUCUACAGGCUACCACCUUGGUUCACCCACUGCUGAACACCAUCGAGAAGACACAGAGGAGCCGCUGCAGAUGACGGCCGAUUAAAACGAGGGGAUCAGAUUUUAGCUGUUAAUGGCGAGAGCCUGGAAGGUGUUACUCACGAGCAAGCGGUCGCCAUUCUCAAACACCAGAGAGGGACUGUAACCUUAACUGUGCUGUCGUGAGCCUCGGGCCUGGUCACAAGAUAGAUGUUGUUGUUUAGAAUAUCCACAGGCAGAUGAAGUUCUGAGUGGGUAUGAAAAGCACCCUCAACUAAAAUGCACCUUCAUUCUUAUUUCUUGUCCUCUCUGCUCAGGAGAAAUGGCUGAGGUUUCAUGUGAAUUUCCCAAAUCAAUAAUCAUCUCCUAAUGUUUCCCAGUUCCUGUCACCUGUUGGUGAGGUUGAUUUCUAAAACUGAAAUGAGUCUGUUUUGCAUUUAAUUUCAGUGUUCUGAUUCCUUUUUUUUUUUUUUUUUGAGACUGAGUCUCUGUCGCCCAGACUGGAGUGCAGUGGCGCCAUCUUGGCUCACUGCAACCUCUGCCUCCCAGGUUGGAGCAAUUCUCCUGCCUCAGCCUCCCGAGUAGCUGAGAUUACAAGCAUGCAUCACCAUGCAGGGCUUAUUUUUGUAUUUUUAGUAGAGACAGAGUUUCCCCAUAUGGGCCAGGCUGGUCUUGAACUCCUGACCUCAGGUGAUCUGCCUGCCUUGGCCUCCCAAAGUGCUGGGAUUCCAGGUGUGAGCCACCGCGCCCAGCCCAAUAUUCUGAUUUUAACCAAUUGGUUCUGAUUAUAUUUGCCAAACCUGGAGUUAACCUCUCUUUCCUUAUGCUCUUCUCUCCCUAUCCCCUACUCAUACCGAGGCUUAACAGCAACCUCAGAUCUCACCCAAUGGACAGAAACAAAUGUUAAGCAACUUAUCAUCUCACUCAUGAUUUACUUAUGCUAAUUGUCUCUUCAAGCAAGCAAGAAAACAUCAGCAGUGUAAUUAAUUUACCAGUGAUCCCCGAGAUGAAAUACCAGAUUCUCCUAUGGGAAAUUACUGUGCACUCUUCUGUAUGACUUAUGGUCAAAUAAGUCUCAAAUUCAUUUCUCUGGAUAGAUCUUUAUAUGCUAGUCAUUGGUGAUUUUGAUGAGUCAAUUUACAGACUGUAAUCUUCUAAAAAUUCUGAAAGACUAAUUGUUUUCUGCGCCAUCUAAAUGCAUACCACUGAGCAACUGAACCUUAUUCUCAACAGGAACAACUAGCAUACAUGUUCUGAAUUCUAACAAUGCUAAAUUACAUUCAAAUCCAGGAAGAUCACCUGGAAUUAAUGGCAUUUCGGUAGGCAGGCAUCAUUCCCACCCCUCGGUCUUAGGAAAAGGAGGUAGAAGCCCCAGAACCACACUGCAGAGAUAAGCAAGUUUUGUCUCAAGUCAAACAAGGUCUGGGUGGCCUUGGCCUUGUACAAAGUAGGGAGACAUAUUUGAUUAUCUUUCCCUUCACCUCCAUAGCAGUCAGUCCAGCAGCACAGACUGCAGGAACCUAAAUGGAGCAACAUACUUAGCUGCAAAGUGAGCAAAUGAAUUGAGCCUAGGAAUCUGUGAUGAAAAUGCAUGGCUGAAGUUUCCUGAUCUCCAAGGAGACUCCCAUUUGCUGAAGUUUUGCAUGCUAAGAAAGCAGCUACAGCAGAAAAUACAAGAAUACUUUUAAGUCGAUUAUUGGCAAUCUUACUCAUAUAUUAGCAAGAAAAAGGGAGAGAUGCUUACUGGUGGAUGCUAUAGAGUCCUCUGUUUUUAAAAGUACCAUGGCCAGGUACAGUGACUCACGCCUGUAAUCCCAGCACUUUGGGAAGCCAAGGCAGGUGGAUCAUGAGGUCAGGAGUUUGAGACCAGCCAGGCCAACAUGGUGAAACCCUGUCUGUACUAAAAAUACAAAAAUUAGCCGGGUGUAGUGGCAGGCGCCUGUAAUCCCAACUACUCAGGAGGUUGAGGCGGGAAAAUUGCUUGAACCUGGGAGGUGGAGGUUGCAGUGAGCCAAGUUCGUGCCACUGCACUCCAGCCUGGGUAACAGAGCAAGACUCUGUCUC